GAAGCUUGUGCCCGUCUCCUAUGUCCCGUGAAUUCUCUCCUUUCCAUUUUGUUUCCUGACAGUCGAUGUCAACCCUACGUCUUCUGAGAAGAUCAGCCAACUCGCGAUGUCGUGAAAAUCUUGGAAUCUCUGUACAGCAUGUCAGAAGCGAGAUAUUCCAAAAGGCUAUGCAGAAAAUGAUGAAAGAGUGUGAUGAACUUGUUGGCGGUGACUGCAAGAUGAAGAGUCGUUUAGAUGGGAUUUUGAACAAAGAGAAAGAAGUAAGACAGUGCGUCUCUGGUGAAGAUCACCUGUUGUUGAAUAGUAGUACAACCCCCGGUUCAAAUAUACAAUUUGAAUAGGUGCCUUUCAAUAAUUCUUAUUGCUAUUGCUUCGAUGUUUUAUUUUUAGAUAUUAGAGUUGCGUUGCUGUUUUGUUUUUAGACAUUCUUUAUGUACUAAAUGUUGAACUAUUUGAAUUUAUGGUGUUUCUGCGAUGUCAACAUUUGCCUGCGUCAUUUGCGCG